GAGGAGUUCGUUCGCACCUCCUUGACACUGCCUCACCCCUUCGACCUUGCAUCCGCUGUGCCUGACGAGAUCCUUGAUAUCCUGGGCUUCACCCUCAUCAAGGGCCCACUUGCAGUGAUGAGGCAUCGGCUUGACACUUUGACAAAGUGGAGAAAGUGGUCUGAGGAACUUCGCGAUGCGGAGCGUUCGCUCCACUCUAGGCUUCACCCAGACGUUGAGAGGAUCGUUGCAAGGAAGAACCUGUCUCUUUUGAGACGGGUUGCCGAGGACUUGGGGUGGUCUGACUCCACCAUCGUCGACGACAUUGAGGGUGGUUUCGCACUUGUUGGUGAGGCUAAGGAACUCUGGGACAUCACGUGCUCCGAGGCUGGUGAUCGGGGUUGGCUUCAUGGACCUUAUGACUGGGAUCAGCUUCAGCGGAUGUUUGGUUCUGAAUGGGUGCCG